CCCUACUGUUGUGUGAUUCACCUGGGUUGUUGUUGUUGUAUAGGAUUGGAGGGAGGGGUACUAUUUUAGGGGUCCCAUAAUUUAAACAGGGGUGAUGCUCCCAAGAGUUUCUUGGCAUUCAACGGGGGUGUUUAUAUAGUAGUGCUUCUCCCCCUUCCAAUAUUCUUCAAUUGCAGCCAUUGAUGCCCUGAAUCCGUGAACUAGCUGGCUCGGGAGUUGGGAGAUCUGUUGGAGAAGGCGAAGCAGACCACAGAAUCGAAGGGAGAUGGUGGAAGAGAGGAAUGGGAGCAAGCUGCCGUCACAGUGGUGGUGGUGGUCCGAGACACAGAAGAACAACAGCUGCAAGAUUCGCACCCCGUGGCUUCAAUCAACGCUUGAUGAGUUGGAUGAGAGGACAAAUGCAAUGUUAAGGAUAAUCGAGGGAGAUGCAGAUUCGUUUGCGCGAAGAGCAGAGAUGUUUUACAAGAAACGCCCGGAGCUCAUCAGUAUGGUUCAAGACUUCUACAAAGCCCACCGCUUAUUGGCCGAAGGCUAUGAUCAACUGAAGUCCGAAUCUGGUGCUCGUAUGAUUUCGCCUUGGCAAUUGCCCCACCAAACUUUGAGCUUCAAGUGCCAGGCUGAGCAUUCGGCGACCUCAACUUUCAUAGCUUAUGAUAGCCAUUCAGAAAGCUUUGAGCUUGAGGAGUCCGAGUUGUCUGAUGUUGAAGACCCUGAAGAAGCCAUAACUAAUAAUAAUCAUCAAAAUGGAACGGAGAAAGUCUCGGUCUGCAAUGGUGAAGUAUUGAAGCUGAGUGAAGAGAUCAUCCAGCAAGCCAGAAAAGGAAGUCAAACCCUGAAAGAUGAUAUGAAGAGAGAUGAGAUCUCAAGCGUUGUUGACAAUGACGAAGUGGAGCAGCUGAAGGAAGAGAAGGAGAGACUCGAAGAAGAGACCAGAAUUCAAAAGGAACUGCUGGAGCAGAAGGACGAAGAAAAGCGAGAAGCCAUCAGACAACUCAGUUUGGCUAUGGAUUUGCUGAGGCGAGAAAAUGCAAGUCUGAGGAAGAGUGUCUGCUACUUGAAUGCCGGUAGGGAAAUGCAACAUCCUCCCAAGAAUGAAGGGCGCCACAAACAAGGGUUCUGGAGGAAGUUCCUCCGCGGUCAUCCAAAAUCAGAAAUUGGUCUGGUUACUUUCUAGAAGGCUCCAAAUAUAAUUGCAUCUUACUGAAGAUGAUGCAGCAUGUAAAAUACCACAAUAUGCUCUAGUCUGGUUUCAUUAGUAAUGCUUCCAUGUAUUGCAUUCUAGCAGAUAUUUUUACUGAUCCUACUUAAUCAUGUUUCUAAUGUGCUUGCUAGCUGACUUUUUUUUUUAAGAUAAAAAAAACAUAAACCCCGU